AUGUCCGCAUCCUCCGUUGCUCCGAAGCUCUGCUGCUAUGGGAUCUGCUGCUGCGUCUUCCUCCUCCUGGCCGGCCUCUGUUGGAAGGAGACGCCCGAUCAGGACGUGACCUUGGAAAGUGGCCUCGAGGCAGCCCUAGUUCGAUCAUAUCGAACUUUGUCUGAGCACAAUUCUGAGUCGCUGCCUCUGCUAUUAGAGAUUCAGGCAUGGAUGGAGCCCAGUUUUCGAGCCCUUCCAAAGGUAGCAAAGGGUCGGGUCGGUCCUCGAGGUGCUGCUCAUUUGGUGCACCUGUUCUUCAAUACUAAUUUUGGCAUCAAUUUGCCAGGCCUUCAGAACGGCAAUCCAUUCCAUCGGGAUCCAGUGAAGGCCUUAGCCGAAGUCAGCCUCAUACAAACCAGGGCUCCGAAGCUGUCGCAUGCGAUGGCAGCGUUGCCGGCAUCCUACACCCUGCCGGAGCUCGCCGCCUAUGUGGCCGUGCUGCAGAGGCUCAUCAUAAAAGAGAUCCGCAUUGCCCUGAAAGUUGCAUGGAGGCUACGUAAUCACACCGCCAAUGCGCUGCUUGCACCCAAGGAGCCGGGUGACUGA